AUGGGACCUCCUACUCCUUUCAUCACCACCAGCUCCGUAACGAGUUCAAGAGUUCGUAUAGAGGAUCCACCCAAUUGCUUUGAAACUGAAAAACCUGAUACAUCCUCUAGACUUGAUGAGGAGAGUAAAGAGGAUACACUAGAUUCACGGGAUAUCGAGGAGGGCAGUGCCGGGACACCUGAGUGUGUCCAAAUGGAAGGUAGUGAUACGAUUGAGGAGCCAAAGUUGAGGAUGGAAUUUAAUUCUUUUGAAGAGUUAUUGACCUAUUAUAAACAAUAUAAUAAGAAAUGCGGGUUUGGGGUGAUGACAAAAAGGAGUGAAAAGGCUGAGGAUGAGACUAUUAGAUAUGUCACCCUAGCUUGUGCCCGCAGUGGGAAAGCCCGAAAUAGAACGUUGAAUGUCGCCAAACCACGUCCGACAAGAAAGACGGAAUUUAGCGAGACCGUAAAAAGAGUUCUAGAUACAAAUGACCUGGCUGGGAUUCGAAUAAAUAAGAGCUUUGGCAGUCUUGUUGUUGGAGCGGGUGGAUUCGAGAACCUCCCAUUUUUGGAAAAUGAUUGUCGUAAUUAUAUGGAUAAGGCAAGACAUUUGAGACUUGGAAAAGGUGGCACUGGAGCGCUUCGAGAUUAUUUUUUAAGGAUGCAAUACAAAAAUUUCGGGUUCUUUGCAUUGAUAGACUUAGAUGAUGAAGGGAGGUUGGAGAAUGUCUUCUGGGCAGACUCCCGUAGUAGGGCAGCAUAUCAAUAUUUCGGUGAUGUGGUUACAUUUGACACCACGUAUCUGACCAAUAGAUACGGUAUGCCCUUCGCACCAUUUGUUGGUGUAAACCACCACGGCAAGUCAAUUUUGUUGGAAGCAGGAGUGAUAUCCAGUGAGGAUACCGAGACAUUUGUGUGGUUAUUCUAG